AUGUAUUCGUUGUCAUUCAACUUGCUGAUCACUGCCUUCUAUUGGUUGACAUCCGUGGUACCAGCCACAAUUUCCAAGGACACAUGUCCAGUGGUCAGAUACACUGGCAGAUUUAAAGAGAGUGACCACGUGAAASACCACGCCCUUAUUGGACGAUCCUACAAAAACCUGACCACCAAUACCAUACAUGAGUGCUUCAGUGUCUGUAUUAAUGACUGUCGAUGUGUGUCCUAUCAACUAUCUGGUAGACGUUGUGAGCUGAUUGACGAGGACAAACACACAGCUCCUGAUCUUUUCAAACGAUUGCCUGGGUACCGGUAUUACGAGCUGAAGCAACAAUUUAGAAAGUCCAUUAAUGAUGGUUGUUCAAGUCAUUGUAAUAAUGGCUGUUGUCGUUAUUCUAAACCUUGCCUUAACGGUGGAACCUGCAUCGAGACAUGCCAAAACGUCACACACAAGUUUCAGUGCAAAUGUCCACAGGGUUUUGGUGGAAGAGUUUGCCAGAUUCCUCCUUCAUGUGAAGCGUACAGCACAAUGUCUGUGCCAAACAUCUAUCCAAUCUAUACAACCAAUGGUAAAGCUUUGAAGGUGUAUUGUGACAUGACGUCGGAGCCGGGGAUGGUAUGGACUUUGAUCGAGUCAUUUGCUCUUUCGGCAAAARAAAAAUUCCAAGCGGCACCCGUGACAAWGGAUUUUCCUUCMAACGAAGAAAACCCUCCCAACUGGUCUGACUAUCGCUUGUCACGCAAUGUCAUGCAAUACGUCAAACGUGACGCUACUCACUGGAGAGCCACUUGUAACUAUGACACUGAGAGACUGGUCAAAACAGACUACAUCCGGGGACAUCUGAGUGAAAUGGGUAUUCUGACGUACUUGGGGCGUGCCACAUGUGCUAGAGUCGAGUACAUCAACGUGCGUGGAAUCAGCUGUCAGAACUGUACCACUCAUUUCAGGCAAGCAUCUCUUCUGCAUCCAUUUGUUGAUAGUGGAGUUGGCUAUACUAUAGUCAACCCCAAUUGUCUGUGGGAUGGAAGAGCUGGAGCCGUAAAGAGGGGAGCUAACUGGUGCGAAAACUUUGGAAGAUACGAGAUUAUAAACCCUGCUCAUCGAUGCUCAUCUUCGUCUUCAUCUACCACCCAGUGGUGGCUUGGAAAAAUUGUUUAG